GCGGCACGUCGCCUGCCGCUUCCGGUACACCGCGUUGCGCAGGCAGAGCCGGGCGGCGCCGCUCCCUUGUUCGCCAUACUGACUGUCACGCGGAGCGCAGGACAACAAACGCACUUUUUGCAGAGGCACCUGGAAUCACUACUGCACUUAAUAAACAGACAUGGCUGAGGAUGACGACGUGACUCCAGAGCAGCUACAAGCCAUUGCCGCUGAAAAUGAAGAACAAGAGAAGGUGACAUACAAGACACCGGCCCAAAAGACAUUGCAAGAGAUCCACGAGCUGGAUAAGGAUGAUGAAAGCCUGCGCAAAUACAAGGAAACUCUGCUUGGCCGGGGCAUCAUGAAUACUGAUCCUAGCACUCCCAAUGUCCAGGUGACCCGGAUGUCUUUAAUUUGUGAAACUGCACCAAAACCUCUGGUUCUAGACCUGCAAGGAGACCUGACAGCCUUUAAGAAACAGGCCUUUGUCCUGAAGGAGGGAGUGGAAUAUAAAAUAAAGAUUAACUUUAAGGUGAACAAGGAGAUCGUUUCAGGUCUGAAAUAUGUGCAGCAGCUGUAUAGGAAAGGAAUCAAACUUGACAAGUCAACGUACAUGGUGGGCAGCUACGGACCACGAGCUGACGAAUACGACUUCCUGACAACGGCUGAGGAUGCCCCUAAAGGUUCGAUGGCCCGUGGCACUUACAUUGUGAAAUCCAAGUUCACCGACGACGACCAACACGACCAUCUGUCCUGGGAGUGGAGCCUCGACGUCAAGAAAGACUGGCCAGAAUAAAGAGGCCUUUGUGUUCAGGGCCAGGUUUGAAGGAGGAGUGUAGUCCUUCUGCCACUCCCUGUGUCCAACAGCCUUUUUUUUUUACUCUGUUGUGUAUUUCACGCUGUCAUGCCUUAUUUUCCUGCUUUGUUGUAUUAACACUCAAUAUGCUUUCUUCCCACCUCAUUGUCAGCACCGGUAGCAAGCAGCAACAGCAGUAGCAACAGCCCCAGGCCCCACCCACUCCAUGGUUUCAACCCAUCCGUCCUUCUGACAACACAGCAAUGUUCCAUGUGUUGUGCACAUUUGACACUAAUCCAACUUCAAGAUGUUUCUUACAUGUUUUUCCUAUGCUGCUUGAAGAGAUUAAGCCCUUCCAGAAUAGCGUCUUCCUCGCUCAGUAUGAAGUACAUGUGGAAAAGCUACUGUGCAAUCAACUAGUGUUUGCUAUUUUAUAUUAUUAACAGUAAUAUGAAUUAGUAGCAAUUGUUGUGUGACAUGACUAUAGUCACACCACUGUUAACUCACGGUUCAGAAGAAAGAAAUGGAGGCGGCCAUUUAAACUGAUAAUGGCCUCCAAAGUGAGCAAAGGCGAUAACAGCUAUAGGGGUUUAAAAAAGCUGCCUUACUUAUGGAAUCAAGUUAAAAGUGAGUCAUGCCUUGUGUGCACAAGCAAUGCUGCCUAUAAUGUAGUCAGUAAAUCAUAGGCUCAGCCCUCUUUCUAGGUCAUAUGUAGUCCAGCUGUAAUGGAGAGUCAUUCAGAUGUAAAAAAAAACAGGACUCAUCUUAAACACUCCUCUCUUGGGUGAGAGGAGUGUUCAAGUUAUUUGAGGUGAGUUUAUUUACUUUUUCUUUGACGCCCCUAACCGCUGUAGUGUGAAGUGUGGUCUUUAUAAGUUAAGUAUUUCCCCAAAUGCCUGAAAAGACAAACUUGAAAUAACUAAAACGUUUUUGUGGCACAGUAGAGUUUUGCUCAAGGUCCAACCGUUGGGUACUUACUAAAGUAAUGUGUACACAAAGGGCUAAAUCUCACGUUGUAGUCUGUGGGAAACACUGUAGUAGAAAUGUAGAUGUACAGAAGAGUAGGAGAAAAAAAAAUCAAAUCAGCAAUGACCGAACGAUCCAGCAGAGUGCACUCUUGAGAUUGAAUUCCUGAACCUGAAAUAAAUGGGCCCAUGGAAAGCAGAGACCUGGAAAAGAAAAAUGGAAGAGUACAGAUGAGUUGUAUGUAUUAAGUCAAACCAACGUGUAGCAGAAAAAAAGGAUUUAAAUGUGUUUGCAGUGACACAUUAUUAUGUUUCCUGAUCCAUACAUUCCUUCAACAUUGUACAGUUUGUAUGAAACACUGGCAUGCUGGUGGGGUUGUAUAUUCUCUCAUCAUUUGUGAUUUGCUCUUCUCAGACAAUAAAGUUUUUGCUUAACUUGG